AUGGGUAAAGAAGAGUACUCCCCGGACCCGGACAUUAGCAUCCGCACGCCCAGUCGCCCGCUGCCCACCUUCUCGGGGCUGACCCUGCCGACGCCGCUGCGCGCGCUGUACAAGCACCACGAGGGUGCCCUAUCCACCCCGCACCCAUCCGAGCUCACGGCCCUCGCCACGCGCCUCAAGAGCAUCCGUCUCGACGUGUCGCCCACGCCCGACCCGAACGAGCCCGAGCGCGCAGCGCCAAAGCCGACAAAGCUCGACUUUGGAGAACACGUCGAAAGCGAUAAGGAGAACGUCGAUAAUGGCCGCAGAGUUGACCAUGUGAAACCGCCUAGGACCCCCAAGCGCGUGGGGAGCGGCCUGUUCGCGGGAAGCCCGGCGUCAGACAUAGGGGAAAAACUACGCGCGUCUCUCCACAAUUCGGAUGCAAGGGUGGCGUCGCUGACUCCACGUGCACCAUCUUUGCAGGAAGAAGACAAUACAUCAGAUGUGGAAACGGAUGGGAGCCCACCUUCACUCACGGAAACACCGACCACUCAAACUAUAUUUACUUCACCAGCGGCACAACGCGCUGGGCCGGAUGUUCAGGAACGCUUGACCCCACACAACUCUGAAGCUUCCGCAUCAAACCACUCUGUCGAGUGCCAACCGGGAGACGAUGCCGACUCUCUGUCCUCAGAAGGGGCAAAUAUCCCCGAACAAUUGACCGAAAGAAUCGAACCAUCACCUACCACCAAUGAGGAGUUGCAUCCCGAACAGGUUACUAGCGACACUCUGGAGCAGCAAGUCGGCUCUGUUCAAUCUGAACAAGAUGAUACAGAACAAGAUGCGAGUGAGUCUGCUUUCCUUUCCGAGCAGUUGCAGAUCCUCCUUGAGGGCAAGGACAAGUGGAGCUGGCCGAAGAGAUGUGAAGCGAUGACUACCGUGUCACAGGCGCUUGUAACUUCUCCCUCUGAUGGAGACAUUGCGACUGUACGUGAGGCAAUGGCUUCAUUGUCCAAUGCAGUGAACGACAACCUCGACGAGUUAAGGCCGAGCAUCAUCAAUUCCGCAUUGCGCCUCAUCAACAGCGUUUUGACAUCUAAGGCCGACAGGGGCUCGAACUUUGCCGAGGACGUAUUCCCAAGCGUCAUGGACAUUUCUUGCGGCCGUUCGCUGACAGCCCGAGAAGCUGCUCGAUGUAUCGCCUUGAUGCUACAAGUGUACCCGUGCCUAAGCAAUAUCUUGGAAGAUGCUGAUAACCCCGAUCGACUUAUCGAACUGCUGCAGCUCGACGUCGAUGAGGAGAGUGGCUUGCCAGAAACCCAGGAUCGGGCGAAGCUUGCUCUACCGCUUGUGCACCAGGCGGUUCAUGGUGAAGUGUCAGUGAUCCCACAUUCUCCAGAGGGGGUUGUGACUCCAGCCGCACAGAAUGGACCAUGCCAGGCAUCCAACGAAUCUGUGAGCCCGGUACACUGUUCCACGAACAAAAACUCACCAGCGAGUGCAGGACGUGUCGAAUCUGCGACCGAUUCGGCCGAGAAGACGAAAUCAUCAUCGGCUGCUCAGCCUACAGAGAUCCCCUCUCCAAGUGGCUCAGACUUCAGAACACCACAGCAGCAUAGGUUUUCGGAGAGACUCGGCCCGACCUCUUCGAGUGAAUUCAAGGCCACAAAGCGCCAAUCCCUUCGAGCGAACCUCGCGGAUAUCCGCUUAAAUACACCUCUCAUGCGCAAUAAGAAGCUCGGAAAUAGCAUUAGAAAAAUCAGUCCGCUCUCUGGUCGAAAGAAGCGAACGUACACGGAGGAGGACAUCGCGGAGGCACGGAGUGCCGCCAUUCGGGUUGUCAUGGAGGAAUCAGCACAGCGAGAGGCAAAGUUGAGGGCGGAAUAUCAAAAGGAAAGAAGUGAACUCGAGAAAAAGUUUUUGAAGGAACAGUCUCUUGCGGCUGAGCUCAACUCCGUCCUUACAGAAUAUGAGCAAACUAUGCAGAAGAUGAUUUCGCAAGGAAAUUCCCAAGCGAGUGCAUAUUGCACGUCUCUGGAGAAGGAAACCAAACGGCUGAAGGCAGAACUUUUGGAAGUGACCGAAGCAUAUGAGAGCGUGAAAGAAAGAUACGACAACGGAAAACAAGCAAUCAAAGUGUAUGAGAACAAAGAAACUCGAUUUAUCGAACAAAUUCGUACUUUGAAGAAGAACUUGAGCGAGCUUCAAAAGUGGAGUGACGACUUGAAGACGAACUGUGAGAAGAAACUUGCCAACGCAUUCUCUCAAGUGACAACCUUCCGGGCCUCGUAUAUGGAGGCGGAAGCACACCGGAACAAAGCAACGGUAGACUUAAACCGGGUGCAAUUAGAGUUGACAAAAUCUCUGUCAGAUCGCGCGAAAAUUGUAGCGACUCUUUCUACCCUUGAGGCCUCGUUGCAUCAGGAGGAGGACAAGACAUCUUCCUUGGAGACAUCGUUGUCCUCUACGAAAGAUUCCCUUGAGCGCAUCACGGUCCAGAAAGAACGGCUUGAGAGGGAAGUCAGCUCAGCGCAUGAGGAACUCAAGAAAACUAGUUCACAGUUGGUAGAGCUCGAGGACGCGAGAACUCGUGCUGAUCAAGCAAUUGAACAACUCCAGAAAGACACUGCCGAACGUCAAGCACUAAAGGCAAGAGCCUACGAUGAUUUAACGCGAAUUCGAGAAUUGGAGAACGAACUACAUGUCAAGGACAGGGAGUAUGAAGACUUGAGCAAUCUCUGUGACGAAGCGUGUUCUCAGUUGGAAAAAAUUAAGUCGCGGUAG